AUGGCUAGCCCUCUAGUGCUAGCCUUCGAUGCUGAGGGGCGCCCAGUGAAGUUCGACACCUGGCUUGAUGACCUACACCUCUUCCUACAGCUCACUGCCAAGGAAGACAUCUCGCUGUACGAUCACGCCCUAGGCCACGCUACUGCUCCUGCUGCUACUGCCGACAGCACUGCUCGCUCACAGUGGCAGACUCGUGACGCCCAUGCUCGCUUUGCUAUCCGCAACUCUCUGCCGAUAGAUGAGCGCGAGCACUUUGGGCAGCACAAGACUGCACAGGCACUGUACACUGCUGUCGUUGCCCGCUACUCCUCACCGGCCUCUGCUGCUCUAGGCCGUCUCUCUCUUCCCUACCAGUUCCCCGACUUAGCUUCCUUUCACACUGUCGCUGACCUCAUUACCCACCUCCGCACUAGUGAGGCUCGCUUCCGCGCCGCUAUGCCUGAUGAGUUCCUCGCCACGAACCCACCCCCGCUCUGGAUCACUCUCUACCACCUAGUCACGCGCCUCCCUGACUCGCUGCGCUCAGUCAGGGACCACUUCCUCGUUCGCUGCCCCACCGAGCUCAUCAUUGCCCUCCUCGAGAAGGAACUCCUUGCAGCCGAGACUAGCAUAGUCGCUGUAGGUGCCUCUCGCGGUGACCCCCGCACCCCGUUCUUUGAGGGGUGUUCUCCUUCCCCCCUUCUUCCCUCUGUCGCCUCUGCUGCUGCUGUCGACCUCCUUGGUGCUGAGAAGGUCGGGACUGCGUCUGCUUCGGGCGAACGCCGCAGCGGCAAGGGCAAGGGGGGCAAGGGCGGUGGUGGUGACAGCGGAAGUGGCGGUGGUGGGGGAGGUGGUGGCGGGGGGAGUGGCGCGGGUGGGGGAGGUGGCAGCGGUGGUGGGGGUGGCGGCCGCGGCGGGGGAGGUGGCCGGGGCGGAGGAGGUAGUGGGGCUGGCGGUGGACGAGGCGGCGGCAGGGGUUGGGGUGGUCGAGGAGGUGGUGGUGGGAGUGGUGGGCGUGGCGGCACUGGCGGUGGCCAGGGAGAGCAGCACACUCCCUCGCCCCAAGAGGUCCGUGAGUGGUACUCUCAGCACGGGGGGGGGGGGGGUGGCCUUAGCUGCACGUACGUCAUUCGCACUGGUGACCGCACUAGCCAGCCGUGUGGGGGACCGCACGCCACACAGCGUUGCUUCGCUCGUCUGAGCGACGCUUGGCGUGUUCAGUUCCCUCAGGCCACUGAGCUGCCCCGCUGGCUUGAUCUCCUGAAGAAGGGGAUUGAUAUCUAUGCUCUAGAUUUUGAUGCUAUUCUCUCUGCAAUGUAUGUGAUGUCUACUAGUGGAGAGGGUUCUGAGUACCUGAGUGUCCCGCCCGACCCGGGCAUUAGGACGAGUGCGUCUGCUGCUCCAGGUACCCACGUGUCUGCUACCCCAGGUGCUGGUGAGGCUGCUGCUCUAGGUGCGUGCGUGUCUGCCCCCCCUGGUACUGUGUCGACUGCAGCACUGCACACCUUCACGCUGGAUUCAGGUGCCUCUCGCUGUUUCUUUCGUGACCUCACUGCCCUUGAGCCCCUUGCUCGGCCAGUUGCUGUCUCCCUUGCUGACCCCUCUGGGGGUCCGGUCAUUGCGACCUCCUCCACUGUCCUUCCCUGCCCUGCGGUCCCGUCGGGCACACUGUCAGGUCUCCACCUCCCCUCGUUCUCCACGAACUUGGUGGCAGGAUGUGCACUCCAGGAUGGGGGUGUUCACCAGUUCACCCCUGCCUACGAGCGUGUGACACACUGCACGUGUGCUCGUACGGGCCGCCACUUGGCUACCUUCACCCGGCAGCCGGGGUCGGACCUGUACACACUGACUACUGCCUCCCCUCAGGUCGCUGCGUCUGCGUCUGCGUUUGCGUCCGCGUCAGGUCAGCUGUCUGCCCCCUGCUCGUGUCGCUCUCUAGCGCACGAGACUGUCCUCUGGCACCACCGACUUGGCCACCCGUCUGUGCAGCGCCUUCGUGCCAUGCACUCCCGGUACCUUGUCUCUGGUCUUCCCAGGGUUCUCCCUCCUCUCCCACCCUCGCCUGCUCCUCCCUGCCUUCCCUGUGUCGAGGGGCGGCAGCGCGCCGCUCCUCACUCCUCCUCUUUUCCCCCGACGACUGCUCCUUUGCAGACACUCCACAUGGACGUGUGGGGCCCAGCCCGCGUCCGUGGUCAGGGUCAGGAGAGAGCUCGUCUCCAGCUCAGCGAGCGUUUCUGCUCGGACUUUCCUGUCCUGCGCUUGCACUCUGACAGAGGUGGUGAGUUCUCCUCCGACCUCUUGGCAGCCUACUGUGCUGAGCACGGCAUUGAGCAGUCGUUCACGCUUCCGGCCUCUCCACAGCAGAAUGGGGUUGCGGAGAGCCGCAUUGGCCUGGUCAUGGAGGUCGCUCGUACCUCCUUGAUCCAUGCGGCUGCCCCCCAGUUUCUGUGGCCGUUUGCGGUCCGGUACGCUGCGCAUCAGCUCAACCUCUGGCCCCGUGUCUCCUUGCCGGAGACCUCGCCCACACUACUGUGGACGGGGGAGGUUGGCGAUGCGUCGCGUUUCCGGGUCUGGGGAUCUCGAGCUUUUGUUCGCGAUUCGUCUGCGGACAAGCUCUCCUCUCGUGCUGUUCCCUGCGUCUUCCUUGGAUUUGUUCCGGACGCACCUGGUUGGCAGUUUUACCACGCCACCUCGCGCCGGGUCUUGCCCUCUCAGGACGUCACUUUUGACGAGUCUGUCCCCUACUACCGCCUCUUCCCCUACCGCACUGCCCCGCUCCCACCCCCGCCUCUCUUCCUCGCGCCAGGUGCUGCUGUCGUAGACCCCCUCCCCCCUUAG